GCAGGGCGCGCGCACACACACACUACGGACAAUUUUUCCAGAGAUGCCAAUUAACCUACCAUGCAUGUCUUUGGACUGAGGGAGGAAACAGGAGUACCCGGAGGAAACCCCCGAGGCACUGAGUUCAAAUGUUUUGAACUCAGAUCUAUAAAGCUAUCUGUAUACUUUGGUUAAUAGUUUGUUGUUUUUUUUUAUUUUAUUUUUUUUUUUUUUAUAAAUUUUGCAUCAAUAUAAGCAUAAACAAUCGAUCACCGUAAUCACUAAUGUAGCUGCUUCUAGUAUCUACAGUAAUAGCUCCCAGAUCUUUAUUUCUGUACAUUAGUGAGGUGACAACUUGAAGCUAUCCCUAGAUGUGGAGGAUACAUGUAUGGCUGCACCCCUGGUUUCACCCUGUAUCCUGUAUUGUCACUAUAUUAAUGAACUUGGUCACUUUGACCAGUGUUUGCAUUCUGAUUAGAUAUUGCGUUACACUGUACACUUUACUUUGCUGUUAAUUAUUGACACUUUAUGAAUGAAUCAUAAAAGAGUCCCAAAUCUAUGGACACUAAGAACUGUUUUCAUUUAUGAUUAGAGGAUGGAUGGAAUUGAAUUCAUUAUUCUGCAGUCAUUAGAAGUCAUUUCUGUAACACAGCAGGAGUCCUUUGCUUUUCGUGGCUCGUUGUCAGAUUUGUUAUGGAUUUUUCUACGUCCAUGAGAGAUCAGUGAACACGUGAAAUGAGAGUGUAAAGCGUCAUGAGCGUGCAUUUUUGCUCUCAGCCCUGUUCGCUUCAUAAGCAGCACUAGGAUUCACCCGUUCUGAAUGUGACAGAGCAAAUUCUGCAUUUUUUUUUUAUCUUUUAGUUGAUUCAUUUUAUUUUAGUUUUCUUUAUUUUAGUUCCAUUUCUCAGAUCAUUAUGGCGUGGCCGUGCAUUAGCCGGGUCUGCUGUCUGGCGCAGUUCUGGAACCAGUUUGACAAAUCGGACCUGUCCGUCCCACUGACCAUCCAAAACUACUCUGAUAUCGCAGAUCAGGAGAUCCGAUCGGUCACCGGACACGUUCCCACCGAGCGAACGCAGACGCAUUGUCACGCCACUCCGGAGCACAGACACGUUUCCGCGACUCAGGACGGCGGAGUCAACCGAGUGCAUCGCAAGCGCGCGGAGGCGAGUUACAAACCGCCCGAGGACGCGCCGUUCCCCAGCGUGACCCAGUACAAACAGGACUAUAAACCGUGGCCCAUUCCAAAAAAAGACAAUUUUCCAUGGAUUAUUAAAAGCAGUCCUGGAAAGCAGAACCAGCUGCUGGCAGGAAAAGAAGCGCGCACAGCCAGAGAGAAACACGUUGAGAGCGAAGCGUCCAAUACAAGCUCUUACAGAGAGGAAUACAGGCCCUGGGCAGGGGUGCAGUCAUCCAAGCCUGUUCAGAAAAGGCCUACAUUUCUGGCUACAGCGAACAGUGUGCCUCCUCCUGAGACCAGCUACCAGGCUGCCUUCAGUGCUGACACACACAGGCACUCAGACAUCAGUGUGAUGGACAUGAGCGCACACUCGCAGCCCAACAUCCCAGAGAUGGCAGGCAGGGCUGAGGUCAGUUCCAGACCAGAGGAGCAGCUGGUGAGGACAAAGUUGUCUCCCAACCCGUCCGCUGUGUUCCAGAGUGGAUCAAGAAACUUCAACAUAUGACUCAAUGGACCAGUUAACCUAGAAAACACAAAUGGAUUUCAGUUUGAGACAAUGCACACAGAGCUCAGUGAGGGAACUGUAUGGAAGGUUUCAUACGCUGAGGCAACAACCUUUAACAAACCAAUGUUGCUGAAGUUUUAACUGAUAAUCUGAUACCGGGUAAUAAAACACUCAAGGCCAUUCCAUAGUUCAACAUGGGUACAAACAUUGGAGGAAUGUAGGGCUAAUUUCACUUAGUGUGAAAUCUAUGCAAGAGAAUGAAUUUCUGAAAUUAAUAUGUUUCAUGCCUUUAGCAAGUCUUUAGUAUUUUGAUAUACAGUGUCUUCCAUAUAUAUUAUUGGCAUCCUUCAUGAAAAAGAACAAAACAUUACUAUAUAAAAUCAAUAAUGCACUUAAGCGUACAGGCACUUUGUAUAAAUUUAUUAAACCUUUUCUGGUCUAACUUUGGUUUUAAGUAGUGCAAAUUUCACUACAAAAAAUGGUUUUAAGUUACAGCACACAAGCAGCACAAAAUAUUUUGUGCACUGUAGAAGAAGAUAGCACAAAGUCUGUUCCUGUAAGUUUGAUGCACUAUGUGCACGCCUCUGUUUUGAGCUCCUUUCAUAUUCUUAAGUUUAUGCAUUGAAAUCCCUGUUGAAUUCAGACCACAGAAUUUUAAAGAGCAAAACUGAGUUUGUGGUGUUUUUUUCAGAAGUGCUAUUUAUGGCCAAUAAUAAACCUCCUGGCUGACGUCUGUAUGCAGUUCUGUGUUGACAUCAAAAACAUGCUGAUGGUGUGCAUGUCCAUAGACCCUGAUUAUGGAAUCUAAUGGCUUUAAAUGUCUUCAGUACAUAUAUAUUUUAUGUCUAUGCUUGGUAUUAUAACUGCUUAUGUAUUCUCUAACCUGUGCAGGUCAACACAUCCUUUUCUUUUGUAUUGAUAGUUCUUCAGAGUUUCCCAUGGUAAUGGAGGAUAAAGGCAUUUUACAACUGUACAGUCGUGGCCAAAAGUUUUGAGAAUUACAUAAAUAUUGAAAAUUGGAAAAGUUGCUGCUUAAGUUUUUAUAAUAGAAAUUUGCAUAUACUCCAGAAUGUUAUGAAGA